AUGGACUCCCCGUACAUUAUCAGCUUUGUCCGUGCAAGUCAGCAGGCCAUGACCAUCGACUUCUCGAUCGUGGACGCGAAUAAUGUCACGGUGAUACCUGACACUGUCGUGACCCUUCAAGAGUUGUCCAACACCGUGGACAACAAUUGCAGAUGCACCAUGCCCACUAUUCCAGCACAAGUGGCGGCCACAUAUGGCCAAAAUUACGGGGCGCAGUGUCAGGCUUGGGAUAAUGCGAAAUGUGACGAACUCUGGGGCGACCUGACCGUUGGAAGCUGGUGCUGCAGGCCUUGGUGCUACGCAACGAAAGAUUGCCCCGAUGCCUACCAGAGCACAGCGAUGCCUGGCCAGUUCUUCAGCUAUGCUGCUUGCAGAACCUUCCCUCCAACGACUCCCUGCACCUGGACAGCUGUGGCCGAGCAAAACGACCCGUGCAAGUGUAAGAACAAGGCCAGCCUGUUCAGUGUAGCCAUGAACAAUACGUUUGCAAGCAACUAUGGAGAAUCCUGCGCCUCUUGGGAUAUGACGAACUGUGCUCAAAACUAUCGGCCAGAUCAAGUCGACACGUGGUGCUGUUCCAGCUGGUGCUAUGUCGACAAAGAGUGCCCCAGCGCAAUCCAAUCUUUGAACCCGGGAAUGGAGGGUAUUCUAUUCUGGUCCGACAGUGAGUGCCAGGAUGAUUCUGCUCUGAUGUCUCAGUGCCCGUACCAACCAACACCCAAUGUGUCAGCAACUGACACGUCAUGCGACUGUUUGAAUGUGCAGAUGCCUACCGCCAGCCUCGUCAGCGCUGGGCUGAAUGCAAGUUUCGCUAACUAUGGCCAGCAGUGUGCCCCGCAUGAUUCCUUUAUCUGUCACAUCACAUAUCCCGAUGCGGAUCAUGGGAUGUGGUGUUGCAUGUCGUGGUGCUGGGUUGAUAAGUCAUGUCCCACUUCUCGCGCUUCCACGGUGUGGCCUGGAAAUUUCUGGAGCCAGACGAGAUGUGAGAUGGACCCUGACACUGUUUCAGGAUGCCCAUACGACACCCAAGCAUGCGAAUGCCGUGGGCAGCUGCCAGCUGGUUCACUUCCGAGUGGUUUCGCCUCCAACUACGGCAGCUCCUGCAACGACUGGGAUAGCACCUCCUGCAAGGCGACUUGGUACCACAACCCAGACAGUGGUUGGAACUCUUCUUCAGACCACGAAUGGUGCUGUGACUCCUGGUGCUACGUCAACAGCAGCUGCCCCAUUGCCAAGCAGUCCUGGUUAGGCAUCGGCUACUACUUCAGCUAUGAGACAUGUGACGACCCAUCUGCGACCUACAACGAAGCAGCCGACACCUGUGACGGGCCUUUGAGGCGGCUCGAGGGAUCUCCGACUGAGGCCGAAAGCUUUGCCUCCGAGUCGGCUCAGCCUCGCAUUCUCUCGGCCCGUCGUCGUGGAGGCAGCAGGAGAAGCAGCGGUAGCAGCAGCUGGUCGAGCUCGGGCAGCCGGCGGCGCUCUCCACCCGCGCCUCCGACGUCUCCUCGCCGGCGAUCCUUCUCUGCGCCAACGGCCUCCUAUCCACGACGUCGGGCGACGUUUUCGACACCACGUCGCCGGGCCGUGCGCCGCCGCGCCCCUCCUCCACCGGUCCCUGCUCCUGUGGCCACCCGCCGGCGAACCACGAGCAUCAGUGGGAAUACCUACACCACCACGGGCCGCAGGCGAGCCCCUGCUGGCCAAACGGACGUUCGCCGAAGAAGGAGUGUGUCGUACGGCUACACAAGCCGCCCUCAGAUGAUGAACAACUUUGGUGGUACCAUGCCGCAGCAGACCAGCUAUGGAUACUCGGGGUACCAUACUGUCCCAGCUAACCAGCCCACGAAUGUUGCCAUGUAUGCUCUUGGGGGCGCGGUGGUAGGGGCUGGUGCCAUGUAUGCCUAUAACAACAUGUACGGAGAUGCCUACGGAGAUCAUCGGAGAAGGCGAAUCUAUCCCUUCAACAAUGCGGAUUUCUGCAUUGUCACAGCGGCGGGCAGUCGGAAUGGUGACUUUAUGGAGUGCCUCCAGUGCCGGCGACUUUAUGGCAUCUCUAUGUGUCCGUCGGCCAGUUCCUGUCAGACGUCUACAGGGUGCAGCUACACGCCACCUGCACCCAUGAACCGAGAUGAUCUCGCCAGAACCGGCUUCAUUCCGGAGGGCUACACCUUUCCACUCCGAGUGAUCUUCAACAAGGUCAACGGGUCAGGAAUCGUGACCGACCCGAUUUCUGGUGGCCUCUGUCCUCCUACCACCCAGGCCGAGGCGGAUCUCGUGGAGACCUUCAACAAGACGAUGUCCUUUGCCCCGGAGCUGUUCUUGGUCAUGACCAAGCAAAGCGUUACGCGGACAGCUGAAGCCUGUGAAAGAGACACAUCGACUACUUGCAGCUCUUCGUGCUGGCUGGAUCACACCACAUGUGUGAAUGGCGUUUGUCUUUGCCAGUCAGGAUACUGCUGGGACGGUAGCAUCAGAGAAUGCCGGCCCUCAGCCCUGGCAAGUGCCAGCCACGACUGCGUAGUCUGCUUGCCACUGCUGGCGAGCCUGGCGCUGCUGCGAAUGCUGCGCGUCGUCUAA